AUGCCAUACGAUAUCUUUCGAGUCGGUGAUCGCACCCUGUCGCAUCCUGUCCAAGAGAGGGCAUCACAUGGAGAGUCCGAGCGUGACAACGAGGACCGAGACUUUGAGCGGGCCGUCCAGAAACUUCCUCAUUGGACAGGUGAGAGCACCUUGGAAGUGCUAAGUGCGCGGUACAACGAAGAUCGCGACUUCGAGCGCGCUUUGGGCAAGCUCAAGAGCGGCGUAGAUGGAGGCUCGCUACAUGUGCUUAGUGAUCGGUACAACGAAGACAGGGACUUCGAAAGGGCCUCAGUGAAGCUCACAGCAAAGGCCACAAGCGAGACAGUGGACUUUCGGUAG